GAUCGGAAAGCGAGUCGCCGGCAGCGCGAGCGCGCAGGCGCCCAUAGUGCGUGACACGGACGAGUCCCGUCGACGUUGCAGCCGCCGCCGCCGCCGCGUUAGGUCAGCGCCACACGAGAUCCGCGGGUGCCACCGCAGCCGCCGCGUUGCCAGCGCCGUUCGGUCGCCGAAAAGAAGGAGCCACUACACCCGCGCCGCUGCUACUGUGCCGCCGCUGACAUGGCGGCCGACCAGGGCCGGCGGCAGCGGAAGACGACUCGCGACAACGCCAGCCAGAGGUGCUUUGGAGGCGCUCUCAGCAGGAAUUUCUCCAUAUCACCGAUGGUUGCGAUUGCCUUACUGCUGGCUCUCUUACCUGGAGCACAAGCGAAAAAUCCAUUCGGUUCCGCAUUGAAAGCAUUCAACCACAGUGUAGACGCCGAAAAGAUUCGCGACGUCACAUGGGAGAGGUACCUUCUCCUUUUGUCCACACCCCAGGUUCCAGAGCGGUACAUUCCAGACCUUCCACAAGCUUGGCUCCUGGCCUUCCAGAAAUGGGGCGACUCCGUGCGGAAGUACUCCGUGCGCAACUGCGGCUCGCGCUACGACCCGGUGCAGUACGAGGAGCUGCGACUCAGGCCGGACCCGCUCAGCUUUCCCGGCUCCGUGUUCGUGACUUCGGCCAUCAAGGUUUCCAGAAACGUCACGGCGCCCAUCAAGGUAGAAAUCAGCAUGAAGAAGAAGGUCUACUUGUGGGUCACAGUGCCCUGCGUCAAUGACUUUGGUUCCUGCGACUACGACGACAUUUGUAACGUCCAGGACUGCCCCCUCUUUUACGAUUUCUUGGGGCUGCCAUGCGGCUGUCCAAUAAAAGAGGGUGACUAUUCGGUCCGUAACAAGGAGUUCGAAGUGCCGGCACUACUGCUUCCGGAUUGGAUAACGUCAGGCGACUACCAAGUUACUGUGAGGGCCAGAAGCCGGGGCGAAGCCCUUUUCUGUGUGCACUUCACGUUGUCACUGAAGUGACGCCGAUCUCAAGAUGUCUUUCGUUGCUUCGUAUUGUCGUUUACCCCAGAGUCAACUUGCACUGUGCAGGAACGGUGCUGCUACCACAGGAAGGAACAAAGAAGACAUCAAUUACAAGUGAUGUUCAAGAGUUUGUAAAUAUUUCUUUAUUAUGCUUGAACAGAAAUAAAACGUUUCAGAGUA